GACGGCUGCGUCGCGAGUGCUCCUAGUCCACCUCCAGUUGUCGCUGACUGAAAAAAUCCACCCCCUUUUCUCUUCCUCCCACGUCUGGCGCCUCUCUCUCCACCACCGUAUCCUCUUCUCCCCCCUCCUGCCAUCGCGUUGCAAACCCUCGCAAUCAUGGACGGGAGCGGUACCAGCGAUGGCGGGGACGGCGGCGGGUCGCUCCGGCCGAUGGACGCGGAGCAGCUGCGGGAGUGCGGGCACCGGAUGGUGGAUUUCAUCGCCGAUUACUACAAAUCCAUGGAGACAUUUCCCGUCCUCAGCCAAGUCCAGCCAGGAUAUCUAAAGGAACUUCUUCCAGAUUCAGCUCCUAACCAACCUGAUACUUUGGAUGCCCUUUUUGACGAUAUUCGUGAGAAGAUGAUACCUGGAGUAACUCAUUGGCAAAGUCCAAGUUAUUUUGCAUACUAUCCCUCAAAUAGCAGCACUGCUGGAUUCCUGGGGGAGAUGCUUAGUGCUGCCUUUAACAUCGUUGGCUUCAGUUGGAUAACCUCUCCUGCUGCAACUGAGCUAGAGGUUAUAGUCUUAGAUUGGUUUGCAAAAAUGCUUAAGCUUCCAAGCCAAUUUCUGUCAGAUGUGCCUGGUGGAGGAGUAAUCCAGGGUACUGCCAGUGAAGCAGUUCUUGUUGUACUAUUGGCUGCACGAGAUAGAACUUUAAAGAAGCAUGGGAAAAAAUCCCUUGAAAAGUUAGUAGUUUAUGCAUCUGAUCAGACACAUUCUGCUCUGCAAAAGGCAUGCCAGAUUGCAGGAAUUUUCCCAGAGAACUUCAGAGUUGUCAAAGCUGACUGUAGUAAGAACUAUGCUGUUGCACCUGAAGCGGUGACAGAGGCCAUUUCCAUUGACUUAUCAUCUGGCUUGAUACCAUUCUUCAUCUGUGCAACAGUAGGCACAACAUCUUCAUCGGCCGUGGACCCCUUGCCUGAACUAGGAAACAUAGCACAGGGCCAUGACAUGUGGUUCCACAUUGAUGCUGCAUAUGCUGGAAGUGCUUGUAUAUGCCCAGAGUAUCGACAUCAUCUUGAUGGAGUGGAAAAAGCUGAUUCAUUCAAUAUGAAUGCACACAAAUGGUUCCUCACAAACUUCGACUGUUCUUUGCUAUGGGUUAAGGACAGGAGUUAUCUUGUGGAAGCAUUGUCUACAAAUCCAGAGUUUCUUAAGAAUAAGGCUUCCCAAGCAAAUUCUGUUGUUGAUUUCAAGGAUUGGCAAAUUCCACUUGGUCGUCGUUUUAGAUCACUCAAGCUAUGGAUGGUCUUGAGGCUUUAUGGCGUGGAAAAUCUGCAGAGUUAUAUCAGAAAGCACAUACAGUUGGCUGAACAGUUUGAACAACUUGUACUAUCUGACUCAAGAUUUGAGGUUGUGACUCCGAGACUUUUUUCCCUUGUUUGUUUCCGCCUUCUGCCCCCAACUUCUGAGGAUGAGGGUGGUCGUCAACUUAACUAUGACCUAAUGGAUGCUGCUAACUCAAGUGGGAAGAUCUUCAUCUCACAUACGGUUCUUGCUGGUAAGUUUGUCUUGAGAUUUGCGGUUGGAGCACCGCUGACAGAGGAGCAACAUGUGGAUGCCGCUUGGAAGCUCUUGCAAGAUGAGGCCACCAAGCUCUCAGGAAGUGCGUAGGUUACUAUAAUGGCAAUUGUUCAUUGAUUAAGCUGCACUGUUCAGGCCUAUUAUCAUGAUAAGCUUUUACAGCUGCUCAUACAAACAGUUUCUGAAAGAAACUUGGACAGUUGAAAUACGAAACUACUAUACGCAUACGAUCUUUCCUUGUCAUGUUAAAUCCAAUGCUUACUGAACUUUCA